GCCGCCAACAAACACACACACACACAGAGACACCUGUACACACACACAGGCAUGUACAUACACACACACACAGAGAAACAUGUACACACACGCACAGAGACACCUGUACACACACACACAUACAGAGUACAUGUACACACAUACAGAUAAACAUGUACACACACACAGAUGUACACAUGUACACACGCACAGACACAUGUACGUACACACACACACACAUACACACACAUACAGACAUGUACAUACAUACACACACACACACACACACAGAUACAUGUACAUACACAAAAAUACACACGCACAGACAGGUACAUACACACACACAUGUACAUACAUACAGUUACAUACACAUAGACACAUGUACGUAUGUACACACACACACACACCUAUAAAAUGUUGCAGUACUUCGUUGUUCACUCACAGAGCCGGGUACUGCACUCUAGGGGGAGGCAGAGAGACAAGCACACUCCUUCCUUUGCUUUCACUGCGCUCAGCUAUUGAGCAGUCUGACGGCUCCCAGUGCCACUGACAGAUCCGGCCUGAGCUCCGAGCCUGCUCAGCAAGACAGCCCUGGGGGACACACUCGCCCCCACUAUAAUUUCCACUCACCAUUGGCGAGCAGGCGAGUGGAAAUUUCAAG